UCAACUGUCAUUCAUGUCAUAAAAGAUGUACAAAUCAAGUAAAAAAUGUGUUUAUAAAACCAAUCAAUAAACCAUGUAGGGAACUGCCGCAAACCAAAACACCUUUAUUCAUUUAAGAGUACACCAAAAUACCGCUUUCAUAAUGAAUGAAUGUUGCACCAAAAGGAUUAAAAACCCUUGCAUGGUUUGCAAGCGCCAAGUUACGGCCAAAACGGGCCUGCAGUGCCAAGGGUCUUGCAAAUCAUGGAUCCACUUCACUUGCUGCUGCUACACCCCUGGAAAAAUUAAAGAUAUCAAGGCCAAAGUAAUUAAAGUACGAUGUCCAUGCCCGGACUGCUCUACACAAGGACCGAAAGAAGUAGUCAUGAAGGACAAUAGCUUCACAUGCGUCAACAAAACCUGUCCCAUAAACAUGCCGCCCGCAUGCAAGGAUGGCAAAAAUAAUAAAAUGAACCAGCAACCCUCGCCAUGUACAUUCUCAUGUAAGGAGUGGCCGGGUGUUGCGUGUAGCGGGAAAACCUGCAGUGAAAAUACGCAAGAGGAAUGCUGCCCUCCUCCGCUCGUGUAUCCUAUUCCAUGUCCUCCGAUACCGCCGCCAAAGUGUCCGCCACAGGUGCCGGCGCCAUGUAUUCCAGCGCCGAACUCCUGUCCCCCACCCACAUGUUCGCCGUCGGCGAAGCCAUGUCCGCCGCCGCCGCCUUGUCCAACCGUGCAGCUGAAUAAGACGCCUCCGAUGUAUUCGCCUCAGCCAACAGUAACGCCGCCCCGCACAUCGAACUGUCCUUCCCCAUCCCGACGUGCAUCACCAGCUUCUAAUACCCCAGUGAUGCCAUCUAUAAGUCUCGUUGAAAACAUGUGCGAGACCGUCGGACUGUUGAGUGACCAGCUCAAUCAGUUGAUGUUGACCGUUGGCAACCUGACCGUAGGAUAUUCCAUCGGUUGGGCGAUGCCCAUCAUACCCAAGCUGAUAGAUCCCUUGGAGACCUCUCUGUCGCAUCUAAUCCUCGAAGACGAUGCGCCCUCUAUAGUGAAUACUAUGAUUAUUGGGGCUGUUAUAGAGAGAAGUAUAGCUAGGAGGCUAUUUACAACCGCAAAAAACGAUAUUGAGGCUAAAUUAGAGUCGACCGACAUCGACGAAAUCACCGCGGCCUUUAACAAGCUCCAGCUUCGAGCCGAUUCCUUGUUCAACGUCGACCAACGUAUAAAAGAACAAUGGCUAAAAACGGACGAGAUGACUGAAGAUGAAAUUUACGAAGACUGCAUGACCAGCGAUAAGUAUGAAAGCGACUGGGAGCGUAUAAAAGUCAUGUACGACAACGUUUCCCGGAAGAACGAACGCAAGAAGAGGUCUCGCAAGUUUAGCGGCAGCGAUGAGUCGAAUAAUACGGACAAAUCUCAUCAAUGUUGUGAGAAGUCGGCAUGCAAUUCUGCAUGUCAUUCAAGACGAUUCCGUCUACCGAAAUUUGAGUUACGGAAGUUUGACGGCAAUACGAAAAACUGGAUUGGUUUUUGGUGUCAAUUUCAGAAAAUCGACGACGACGAAUCAAUAGACGACGGAGAUAAGUUUCAGUACUUAUACCAAUGCACUGUUCCAGAUACUCCAGCGCGAGAGAUCGUCGAGAGCUUUCCGCCGUCGGGAGCUAACUAUAAGAAGGCUGUUGAGCAAUUGAAGUCCAGGUUUGCACGUGACGAAAUGUUGAUCGACAUUUAUGUGCGUGAACUGCUUAAUCUUGUAUUAGCACAAGCCAAAGUUGAGUCCGCCUUGCCCGAAUCUGUUUUACGAGCAUGGCAGAGGUCCCACGUACUCGGGGAGAAGAGCGACGAUCAUCUGAACCGGCUUAUGCAGUUCCUGAAACGCGAAGUGGAGUCGGAAGAGCGGAUCCAGCUUGCGCGUAGCGGGAUAGCAUCGGGUGACAGUUUGCAUAGCGUUUCUACUCAACCUACCGCGGCAUGCUUGGUGUCAACGGAAGACGCAGGUAAGAAGAUUUGUUGCGUUUGGUGUGAAAAGGCAUCGCAUAGCAGCUUCGAGUGCUACAAAGCUAACAAGAUGUCGUAUGAAGCUAGGAAGGAUAUGCUAAAUAAAAAAGGAGCAUGCCAUAUUUGUUUAAAAACGGGACAUAAUUCGAAAACAUGCAGAAAUUUCACAAAAUGCCUUUUCUGCUCCAAACGUCAUUCUGUGUUGAUGUGCCCUGACAUUAAAACGUCAAGUCAAAAUGAAAAUGAUAAAACUUCAGAUAUUGAAACGUCAGACUUAAAUAAUAACGUAACUCAAUUUAAGUUUGGAUAA